UAUAAUUCAGUCUCAGAGCCGCGACACGACACGACCUCCUUCUUCCCAUCUCUCACGCUGCCACAAAAUCUUCCACGACCUCGUCUUCCCUUGCCAUCUCUGGCUUAGCUACACAGCCUACACCCCCACUCUCCUUCUCUCUCUCAGAGUUAAACUUCUCAGUUCACACCAAAAUUGCAGAUCUGUCUCACUCGGGUACAGCCGACAACGAACCAACUUCUCAGUAAUCAACCACGGAUUCAUCAUCUUUUUCAAAUUCGGUCAAGUAUUGUAUUUAUUAAGGAUGCAUUGCCUUGGGCUUGGAUGUAAUUCUUCUCACAUGACAGUUGUGGAGCAUGAGCCAGUGAAAAAGAUGGAAACCAAGGCGAUCAAUCGUGCUGGGGUGGGGGGGAAUAGAUGCUUCUGUUCCUUACCUAUGGAUCUUUUACUAUUAGUAUUAGGGAAUCUCUCAUUUACUGAAAUAUUAUCUUUUCGUGCUGUCUGUAGAUGUUGGCGGCAGGCUUUCUUGCAAUGCCAAAACCUGUUUCAACGUCAGUCACAUGAGCAAUUGCCGUGGAUUGUUUUCUAUACAACACCAAAACAUUUCAGUAAAUUGCCAUGGAUUGUUUUCUUGACAGCACCAAAAUAUGAUAGUAUACAGCCAAUCUUGUAUACAACAGGAAAACUAGGACACUCAUGGACCCGACAUGUUUAUAACGUGAAUAUUCCAGAACUUUGUGGAUCCCGUUUUCUCUUGUCCAAGUAUGGCUGGCUUUUACUCUUCUCUACUUCAUCAGAGAACCCAUCAUGUUCUUCACUUUUCUUCCUCAACCCAUUUUCUGGUUCAAGAAUCAAUCUUCCCUUUUUAGAUGUUCCAUCUUUAAACUGGCCAAUAUUUUCUAUAUCUUCACCUCCAACAUCUCAAGAUUGCAUUAUAUUUGUUAUAAGUUGCAGUAGGAAGAACCUUUUGGCUGAUUUGAAGAUCAGUAUCUGCCACAAUGGGGAGGAUGCAUGGACCACAAAGAUAUAUCCUCGUGGAGAUUUGAGGCGAUGCUCAUAUGCUAUUAACGUGGUUUUCAGUGAGGGGACAUUUUAUUGCCUACAUCAAAGUGGCGAUUUCAGCACUUAUACCACUUCAACGGGUAUUUGGAAGCAUUUGACAGGGCCAAGUGACUUGGAAACGUCAAAUUUUACCUGGUGGUCUAACAUUGCUUCUUAUAUAGUUGAGCACAGGAGUGAGAGGAUUUUCUGCUUCGAUUGUCCUUCUAUGAGAGUGACAGUCAAGUUGAAAGAUCCUAUGGAGGUCGUAGAUUUUCCCGAUUUAGAAGAUUACAGGGAUUUUAUUCUUAGGUACACUAAGGGAAUACUGCAAGCACGGAAGAUAAUGAAAUUUGAUUCAUUUAAUGUCUGUUCGUGGUUUGGCCUUUGUGAGUUCACGGAAGAUGGAACGAGCUUCAACUGGCGUCGUUUAAUGCACUGGCCAUCUGUUAAUCAACGGUAUACGUUAUUUGAUACUACAAUUGCAUGGCUUGAACCCAGGUUGAUUCAUCCUUUGAACCUGAGAUGGAGUGCCUGAUUGGCGCGCUUUUACUUUGUUUAUUAUUUAUAUAUAAAGUUAUGCCGUACAAAAUUAAGUUUUUAGCUCCAUGAAUUGAUUUAUGAUUCUGACUAUUGCUCAUUUGCAAUACCUGGUAUUUUUAUUUGCAUGCCAUUCCCCAACGGUA